CAGAAAAAUAAUAUCUUAUAGAUCCCUAUAAGUUUUUACUUUUCUGAUCUGAUAUCAAAAAUAGUUAUCUGAAAGACAUCAUAUAGUUCUCAGAAACAUCUAUAGGCGCCAUCUACUCAUAUUGUUAAAAGCUCCUUGAAAAAGAGCUUAUGUGUAUGAAAAAGCUACUGUAUUAGAAUGAUGUUAACUUUGAUGGUACCCAGAAAAAAGUUUAUCUUGGUUCACGAAAAUAUUUUGGAAGACAAACGUUUUUGGAAAUCAAGUCUUGGUCAUAGAAAAUUUCUACUUUAUCCGAGAAAAUUGAGAUUUUCAAAAAAAGAUUUCAUGAAUCAGGGUAUUUCCUUUCAGCCGAGAAUUUUUUUUUCUGUCUCCUUAUAUGCUCUUUUGCCAGUAGGCUGUAUUGCGCCGGCGUUGGUGAUACAUAUACUCUAUGAGCAAUUGGUGAGACGCAUAUUUUAAAUAAAGGAAGCGAAAACCCAAAGCACCUCUUGUUUAGAACCUGAAAGAAAAGAGGGGCGCCACUGGCUCAGCCCUUCGGAUUGUGACGUUUCGAUCAACGAACGAGUGCUCCAGUCUAUUCCGGGCAUCCUAGUGGGGUGUGUAUUUUGUAGAUUGCGAUAUCGAAACGUAUUUACUUUCGACGCAAGUCAAUACUGUCAUCCUAUCAUCAUUUGCUCCGAUAAAUUGUCAUGUGCUACUGAAAAAAUUCGUUUUUUAUACCCGCUCACAAACGGCAUGAGUUUUUCCUGAGUAUUCAUUCAUUAUCCAUAAAAUACUCAUGUCUUAACAACCAUACAGGAUUGAUUCAUGUAUAGAGAAAAGCUUCCAACAGUCGAUCGAUAACACGCAUUCUGAUUUUAUCUACAAAUACAUUUUCACGUUGAAAGCUAUUUUUACUAUUUUUUUAAAAUAUAUGAACUAUUGUUAAUUAGUGCUUAUUAGUUAUAGACAACUGUGCUCGUGUUUUCUUAGAAAUGAUCAAUAAUUUCUGUUUUCACAGAUGAUUUACUGUAAUUAAAAAGCCAAAAAUCAAGUCUGACGAUUAUAGUUAAUAAAAUGCCACCCUGGCCAUAGCAGAAUAUUGAUAAUGAUGCCUUCACAUCAUUAUUAUUAUAUUCUAAGUGCUCCUUUUAUAACAUAACACAACGUUUUCGUUAAAUGAAUUAAAUUAGAAAAUAAAAGUGAGUCUCAUUGAAUAUAUCUGAGCUAUUUAAUAUUUAUUUGUGAAGUGAAUUCGGCAUUAUCAUUCUGAAAUGAUCAUGAAGAGUGUGAUGUUGAUUAAUAUAAUAUGAAAUUCUUGUAGUUUAUCGUUCCUUAAACAAGUUGAUAAAUAAUAUACUUUAAGUUGAACUGGUGCUUUAUGAUGAUCAUUAAAUGGUGAUUCAUAUAGUUCUCCAAAAAUUAAGAUAGUCGGAGUGUGAUGAGGGGUAUCGGAUGAAAGCGCAGCUUCACAGGCACUUUGUCCGACGUUCGGAAUUAUGCAGUCAAUCUUUAAGAUUUCAAACCCAUUGCUGCUUCUAAUAAUCAUAGCAAGUAGUCAAGCAUACAAUUCACGACUCACAGAAUGCGCAUUCCCAUCAAAAUGGGAGGGCACAUGGUUUCAAAGUGGUGUACGCCAACCAAUCCUCAUAUCGAAAAGCUUCCUUUCUAGCAAGGGUAAAUGUCUUCGUAACGAGGGAGACAAGUUUCUGGUUGUUGAUGAAAAGUCUUGCUAUCGUUGUGUUGUCAUUCACGAGAAACACACAAACGUCUUGCAGUACAAAGAAACGUUUUGCCACAAUAAGAAUUCCUUAACGUCACUUUGUUCGUACAUAACUGGUGACGCUCUACUUUACUCAAUGUUUCGGGAAGAAGCAAUUGCUGUCUCUUGUCCGUUCCGUGGCCCUAUGACAUUCACUUACAAUCGAGGUCAUGGAACAUGUUCAAGUCCACUCAGCAACGUCGAUACCUGUACUGAUGACAGUAGGCUUCUCUUUAGGUACCAAGCAUGUCCCGAUGUACCUGCUUCAGAAAGUGCAGUAGAGGAACUUGAAUGCUUAGCUCUGUGGAAAGAAGGCAGCAGUCGAUAUUUGGUGGGUCGUUUACAUCACGGUCAUGCAUCGAGUAAUGAAGAACGAUACCGAUGUUUCGUAUACGAGCGAGUUGGUCAAAGUAUUGGUGGUCUCAGUAGAACGAUUUUAGGGAUCGAUGCUAUUGACCAAGAAAUUACUUUUCCAGUUAGUGGACCCGUAGUUGAGGGCGCACCAGAUAUUUAUCGAGUAGCACAAAGUGGAGAUGCAACUUGCAAUGGCCUUUUUAGCCCUAUGGAAGGAUCGCGAACGAUGACUUUGACAAAAGUGUCAACUCCAGGAAAGUGCCGAUUUCCAGAAUGGCUCACUGGUUAUGCGAAUAAUGACCUCACAUGGCACACACUUGAUCUGACCAGAUCUUAUACUUUUCAUCCAAGAAACGCAACACUGCAUAUAACAAGAACUAACUCAAGUAAUUCAUGGUUUGAUAGUAGUUUCUCCGGUUCUCAAGACAUGAUUGGCAAAGAUGAGGAACAAGAUAUCAAGAUUGUUUGUAAUAGCAUAAAACAAUCAAAUCCCUCACAGACAGUCACGAUGCUUGUUGCUCACUUCACGGUCGGGUGCCAAAGUGGUUUCGUAUGCAUGACAUUUUACAAAAGAGAUGGUCACAUCAUGGAAGUACAAACUGGUAACACUGCCUCAAGACCCGAAGAAGCAUGCGGCCUUUCUCACUAUCAAUCUCGCAAUAUUCCCUACCUUACAUUAGUUACAAGUUCAUCAAAACCACAACAGUGCCCUUAUCUUGGAAGAUUUACAGUUUCUGGUAUUCAUGAUAACCAGAGAAACACACGUGAAAAUCAACAUACUUCACAGAAUUCUUUAAUAGUGAAAAUCCAGGAGGCGAAUAAAGUCAGACAUACUGAAGAUCGGGAAUCCCAAAAAGUUGAUGCUGAAACUGAAAAAAAGCGAAUUAACAACAAAUAUUUAAUCCGCGAGCGCAAUGGAAGAAAAGUUAGGUCUAAUCAUUCUAAUCGAUAUCAUAACAAUCUAAAACGAGUACGAACUCGAAGAAAGUCUAAAAUAGACGUUACUGAUGAUACACAAUAUAGAAUAGCAAGAAGUCCGAAAAUAGAAGAUUUUCAAAUGCAUGUGGAUACAAUUCCACAAGUCCCUCAAUUACGAUCUUUGAAAUCAGAUGAUACUUUAUUGGAUGAACUCCACAACCCUAACGAAGAUUUUGAAACCAACAAUAAGCCACUAAUAAAAUUAUUUGAUUCAGAAUCUAUUUCUCUUUCUUAUCAUGACUUACUGCGAGUAAAAAGAAGUCUUCAAUCCAAUGAAAAUGAAGAGUUUAGCGAUGAUCCGGAAAAAAGAGGAAAACGAGAAGAGGAUGAUCUCCAAUGCAAUUCUGAAAUUACUACGCUCACUAUUGGUUGCUCCACCGCUGAUCGAAUGGAAUUUCAAAGUGACUGUAUGGAUGAUACUGAAUCUAUAACAGCUUAUUCAUGUCAUGGUCGGUGGUUUGAUUCUGAAGGAACACAGUUCGUUAUAGCAACUCCUCUGAUCCAAAGAACUGAUUGGUCAAAUGGUAACAAUGAACCUCAAACCUUCAGAAACAGUCCAAGAUUGUGCUUUAUGUAUCGUGAAAAUGGAGGGGUUGUCAGUUUGACCGCAAGUCCUGUUGCAUGUCAAAGAGGCAUCCCUCCACCUCAGCCAAUGUUGGCUUUUAAUGUCACAAGCAUCGGACGCUGCAUGGAUGACAGCAGCAGUAUGAGUCAGCGGGCGUCCUACCUUAUGAUGAUUACAACUGUCAUCAUUUUGUACCUUGAAAUUCUCAGGUGAUUUUGAGCAUCAUUUAAGUUAAUGAUUGAAAAAGUGAAUCUUCGUGAUAAAUAUCGCACAAAUUGUAAAGUUUCUAAUUAUUUAGUUGCGAACUCCAUAAAUAGUGACCUCUUAUAAAUAAAAAAAAUUUUAUGCACUAACAUUUUUUAAAUGUAUAAUAACAAACAGAGCUCUAUUUGCUACACAAAAGUUUGUCAUUUAGUAUAAUAGCGCGUAAAUUUAUUCUGUACAAAAUUUAUUAAAUUUUUUUACCAGGUUGUUAUAGAAUUUAUACUGAUUAAUUGUAAUAACGAAACAAAAAAAAAACUUGCAAUUAAUUCAUAUCAAAAUACAUGGCAAUAGAUUAAAUUUUUAACCACAGUAAGAAAUUUAAAAUUGAGUAUAACGAUGUCAAACAUACAACAGUGGAUGUUUUAACAAAAAUAAUGUAGAUAUUAAUUAUUAAUUAGAAUUAAGAUUAAAUUACAUCAGACCAUGGUGUAUUUAGCGAACAUAAAUUCGUAGUUUUUAAGGAAGUGAUCCAAUGCAAUACAAUUCAGACUGUAAAAUAAGAUGUUAUUAUUUGUAUCGAUGAACUUGAUUGAAGAGAGUGAAGAAGAAUGGUUUUGGAACAAAUAAUAGUAGAAUGAAAAAGUAAAAGUAUUAAAUCAAGUUUAAGAAAAAUACAAAAUUUUUAUAAAAUGGAUAAUGUGUAAAAUGUAAAUUGCUGUAACUGUGAUCAACUAUCUUGUGUAAUAAAAUAAAGAGUAAGAGAUAAAAAGCCGAAAUUAAAUAAAACAUUGCAGUAUAUAUAUAUACAUAUAUAUACAUAUAUGUAUGUAUAUACAUAUGCAUCUUAUUAUCUCUUCAUUAAUCGCUUAAUCAAGUUUAUUAAUCGACUGUUUUAUUUUUUACUCACGGCAAGAAAAUAUAAAGCGAAAAAAUAUAUGUUAAUAUUUCUUCAACUGAUACAUAUAAAAGCAAUAAAUGACACGAAAAAGUUGUAUGUAUAAAUUAUCGAUGCUGUUAUACUUAUAUUAAAAAAAAAAAAAUAAAAUAAAAAAAAAAAAAAGAUAACCUUUACAAAGCAAAAAACCAUGAGACAAAGUCCUCCCAGAAAGUAAGUCAUCGUCGGGAAUAAUCGGAAAUUUUUGGUUUGUAAUGUUAAUGUGUAGUAACGGCGUGAGACUAUACUUGUUUCUUAAUAGUGGGGGUGAAAACCGACAGCAUCUUACUUUCUGGGAGGACCUUAUACUUCUUUUAAGAAUUACUAUUGUCAAGUGAAUGUUAUAAUAAAUUAACAAAAUGAAAUAAAAAUCAUAAUAACAACGAUGAUAAUUGUACAGAGAAAUAUUAAUCAUACAAUGAAUGAAGUUUAACUGAAAAAAUUGAUAAUGAUAUUAUUGUAAUUUAUACAGAGUCUAUAUGGUAUUAUGUAAUUUUACGAGAUACUCAUCUUUUCAGUAAUUAUCAUCUCAAAUAAAAACGAGAAAUUUUUUUAUACAAUUACGUUAACGAGUUCCAUAUAAAAAGUAGU